UCGCUUUUGGAAGGCAGUUGCAUUCGAUUGCCAGCACUUCAGCAGCAGCGGAAAGGCGGAAAGCCGAAGGCGGAAAAGCGGAAAAGCCAGGAGGAGAAGGGGCAGACGAGGAGUAGAGCAAACACCAUCGUUGUGGCAGCGCACUAGCAUCGAUAGACGAGGCCCAACUAAUCACAUUACCAGCCAUCAGCCAUCGGGCAUCAAGCAUCAGCACACCAGUCGACUGGUCGUCAGUCGUCAGUAGUCGUCAGCCGGAAACCGAACAAGACUCACAGUUCGCAUUGCAUACUUUUUGGCGCGCUUCGAAAUAAACACACCAAAACACCAGUACAACAACACCAACACCAAGUUCCGCUGCCGUGUGUGUGUGAGAGUGUAGGAGGUCGCCUAUCCUGCCAAGCGACCAAAUUCAUCAACUCUUGUGUCUGGGCUGGCAUGUGGAUAAAUUCUAGCCGCCAUGGAUCCCAGUGCUCUACAAAACAUGGAUCGGGACGCAUUAAAGAAGCAAAUCGAGAAUAUGAAAUAUCAGGCCUCCAUGGAGCGCUGGCCGUUAUCUAAAUCCAUAGCAGAAAUGCGCUCGUUCAUCGAGGAGAACGAGAAGAAUGAUCCCUUGAUCAACGCCCCGGAUAAAAAGAACAAUCCGUGGGCCGAAAAGGGCAAAUGCGUUAUCAUGUAAUAUUAUCGUAAACCACAGAAAUACCGCCAUAACUAUGAUAACCAGCCAAACAACAAUAAUGCAACCCAUUCCACGACUCAUGCCACAACAAUAACAACAACUACAGCAACACCGGCCACAGCCGAUCGAUUUAGUAAUGUUGAAGAACAGCCUCGACAGCAAUUAGAAGACCACAGUCACAGUCACAACCAUAACCA